GUAAUUUUGCGGCCAUGUGUGGUCAUAUUCGUGCCCCUAGAGACAAUUUUAGUGAUGUUAUCAACCACUGCAAAUAAUAAAGUGAAAAACUUGAAGGGGUCGGAGCCCCCCGACGUUCUUGAAAGGGAAGAAAUCGCGCAAGAAAACACGGAUGAUAAGGUCAGAGGUUAUGUUGGGUCGUAUGAUGCAUCGUCUUCUUUUGGCGGGCCGAGCCGAGACGGGCGUUUUCGGCCCCGCGGCCGGGUUACGGAGUUUCGACACUCGAGAGGCGGCGGGCGCGGCGGCCGAGGAAGAGGCCUGCCGCCCCGCAGCGACCGAGAUCUCGAUGGUUCCUUUAAAUAUCACGAACCGUUAGCUCAUGCCGCGGCUGAUUCCUGGGCCCAAACGAACACUACUAAAAAUUUCUACGAGCGAUCCGAACUGGCUAUCCAUCUGCCCGAAGACCCACGCAUAUCGAAACUGUUGCGUCGCCUGUGUGCCGAGGUGGACGUCGAAAAGUCCCUCGCGAUAUGCAGCAAGCUGCAGGAGGCAGUCAUGCUUCCAGAAAAUGCCAGAUACAUUAGAAGAUCUUAUGACAUACUGGUUGAAUCGCUACUUGAUGUGCUGUAUGAUGCCCCCGGGCCAGAGACAAAGGAACAAGCUGCUGUUGUCCUAGGCAGGAUUGGUUACGUUAUGGGGCCGGAUUUCCGUAAGCAUCUGGAGUGGAUUGAGACCACAUAUGCAGCACAUAAUAGCUCUAUCAAACACCUGCUCAUACUGUCCUUUUCUGAGACAUUUCAACUGGACUUUCAGACACCAAAUCUGUCGGAGUUUGCAGAAACAACUCUGGUUCGCCUUCAAGUCAUCAUAGAGGGCACUGACUCAGCCGAUGUCUUUAUGGCUGCCAUAACUGCCAUGAUAGUGAUGUCUAACUCAUACCCAGAACAUUUUGCCAAUCAUUUUGUGGAUACUGUGGACAUUUUAGUUGGCUGGCAUGUAGAUAAUGCUCAACCGAGAAAGAUCAAGGAGUUCGCUCUACAAUCACUGUUUAAACUGAGCCGUCACUGGCAGGCUGAUGUUGGAUUCUCAGUAAACCUGCUCAACCAAUUUGUUGAGGAUAUGGUAGCUUAUUCAACUGACCUGGAUUCUAAUAAAAGUGACACAGAUACAGAAUCUACAUCAGCAGAGGACUGCAUACAGAAGAUAACCUCAUUUCUUAAUGUGUUUAAUACUGUUGUAAAGAGUCUGGGCAGUUUACUCAGCCCAACUACAUCUCAGACUGUCAGCUGGUCUUUCCUGACUGAAUCUAUAACUAAGAUACUUCAGGUACUUACUAAGACUUUGAAAGAUGAUGCAGAACCUGAUUUGAUUGUGGCCGGAAAUGAAAGCAUUACAUUACUAUUGAAGCAUUUACAAACUAAAGCUAUGUCAAGCUUCCCGGCUUUGUUCUCAUUGAUUUCUAUGGAGAUUACAACCUAUUUGAAUGAUGAAGAAAAUGUGUGUCUCAGUGUCAUUGACUUAAUAUCUAAAACUGUCAAAGAGAUUGCAUCAAACCUUCCUAUAGAGUUUAUCACUGAAACAAUAGGUCCCGAGUCUAAUUUACGUCAGUUGCGAAAUUCAGAGAGUGCCCUUGUUCUAAAUGGGGUAAUGUCAGUAUAUAGUAACCUAUUGAACUUAAAGAAUAUCCCACUGUUGCAAGAAACUUACAAGUUUGUACUUACAGACAUACAAAACUCGUAUUCUAUUAUCGUGCCUGACAUACAAAUCAUUCAGCCUGAAUACACUGAUGAAGUAUGCAAAGAAGAUGCUGAAAAAAAUGUUAUAUUUUACCUGCAAUGUCUUUCCGAGCUUGCAAAUGCUAGUAAUUCGAUCAUUGGCAUGUGGGCUCUGCAGCCAAGUAUUUUAGAACUCCUGGCAAUUAAAAUGCGUCCCGAAGAUGAUAAACUGAGCCAAGAUAAACCAGCCCUCCAAUAUGCUGUGCUGUAUUUGCUUUAUUCCCAUUGCAGAAAGAACAAUCAUUUUAUUGCAUCAAGCGAUUUAGUAAAGAUGAAGAACUCCCAGCAGAGAGCAAAUGAUAUAUUUGGCUUAUCCAAAUUAAACCUUGGAGAAGUGAAAGGCACAAGCCCUACAUCUGGACACCUAGCGGUAAUUCUCAACACAUUGAGUGUAAUAUUGGAAAAGGAAGUUUGCAAGGAAACCAUGUUGCUUGUCCUUCAUUGGGUUUCAGACAUACUUAGCCAGCUUGACAAGUACCUACCAAUUGUCAGUAUGUCUAAAGGAUUCCUCAUUUUAACUACAAACAUGCUAUCUCUAGCUUACUGUUUUGACGAUGAUAUUGUGCUGAUUGUUAUGAAAAACAGCCAGUUGCUGUUGAAAAAUAAAAACCUCAGUUUGAAUGCAAUGGUAUUGAAAACUAUAGCUGUGUUGUGUGUAUUACACAUGGACAAUCAAAAUGACGCAGUGUCAAACAUUUGUAUGGAAGUGCUUUUUGAACUUCCAUGGGAUAUAGUGCAACUAGAGCUUGACAAACAAGUCAUACAAGUAUUCAGAUAUCGAAAAAUGAGCCUACAUCUGCUUAACAAUGAAAGUAAAGCGAACUCUCUAAAAGAAUACCUUUUGAAAGGGUCAUACACAACCUUGUCAAAUCAACAUUUUAAAUCAAUAAUCAAUUGUAUCCUUCAGUCUACGGUCGAAGAUAAAAAUUUAUUACUAAAUGCGUUUUUAACUUCUUGGCCCUUGCAUUCUCAAGACGCCGACGAGAACAAUAUUCUGUUUUUCCGACAAUGUGCCACGAAUUUUUCAUCAAUUUGUAUCAGCUGGGCACUGUCGGAACUGGCUUUGACUACUGUAACAUUAAAACUGAGAACUGCUCUUGGGAAACCUCAAGAAACAUUCAUGAAAAUAGAAGGAGCACUGAAAGGGAUUGCAAGAGAGACUUCCUCAUUAGAAACUAAAUAUGUGUCUACAGAUCAGCGAAAUUUAAUGGAUGUGGUUGUUGGAGAGCAAAUGAGAUCUCGCUGGAUCACAGAGUUUAUGAUGUUCCUUGAGAAAUACAUAUAUAAUGCUGCUGAAGGGACAGCUACAGUGCUACCACCAGUCGCCAAGCCCGUACGGACGUUCUUCUAUACAAACUGGACAACAUGUCGAGAUUGGCAGAACAGGCUGCGGCCGGCGUCUCUUGCUGUCAGUCAAUACGCUGGCCAUUACGGCGCCGCUAUCUACCACGCCUCGCUGAUUCUCCAAACUGCUGCCACCUCUACAACAAACAUCGAUAUCGAAGCUAUAAGCAUGAAUCUAGCUCGUGCCCUCAUAAAAAUCCAAGAGCCGGAGGUAUUGCACGGACUCUACGUUUGGAUCAAACAAACGUUUGAUAAAAAGCUGUAUUGGCUAAAGGGCGCAGCAGAGCAGGCUAAUUCGCGACACGAGUUAGCUUUGGAAUUCUAUAAAAAACUAAACAAUAUGAAAACCCAAGAAGACAAAAAAGAAUCUGGUGACACGCCUCAAACAGAGACUAAAAGUGAGAAGUUCAUUGACGAACAAAUGAUGGACAGCUACAAGCAUAUUCAGAAUUGGGAGGAUAUGCAGGAAUGGAAAGAAAAUGAGAACCAAAAGAAGCACAAUUCGCCGUGGAACUCAUUCACAGCACUGCGAGUAUUCGAGGGGAGUACUGAAAUUCCCGACGAACUUACUAAUUGGGACAUUCUUGAUAUGAACUCUAAUGAAAUCUCUAAAAACGCUUGCUCAUAUCAAAACCUCAUAAACAAGAUUGAAUCGACGUUAGUGUGCACUGCUGUAAACGUGUGCUACACCGAUAACUUCGAACAAUAUGAGCGUUUGCUAACAGAUUGCGACGCUCUGCUGAAAUGUAGCGCUCAAGAAUUCGCUAGAACGAAUGCUGUGCAUUUCAUGAAAGACAUUGCAGUGCUUCAAUUGGCUAAUCUAGGUCUAAGAAAUAUCGCCAAGAAUGGAAAAGUAAUUUCAAAUCCAUUCAAACCGUCAGUUCUAAAAGAACACAAAUAUGGCACGGAUUUCGAAAAUCUCAGUCGCAUUCUUUGGUGGAAUCAAUAUUUUACGAAACUGAACAUGACUGAAGAGAACAUCUUCUAUGCAGAGUGCCUUCGGUUAGAUGUAAUAAAGAAUGCCAGGAAGCAUUCUAAUAUAGGAAUGGCUAAAAGAGAACUAUUAAAUCAUUUCAAACAUAAUUCAGCAUUCCAAAUGUAUCUUGGUAACGUUGGUAAUUUAGAUGAACUGAGUGAGGUGUUGGUAAUGUCAACAAACACGUAUGAUUUAGACAUUUGGACAUUAAACAACACGACGGCUCUAAUGGAAUUAUGCAAACUAACGUAUGUUAAAGAAGAAACCAAAAUGCAAGCUAUAAAUUUGUGCUCGAACAUAUCCCUUGGAUUCUCGCAAAGACUUGCAAUGGGAGAACAAAGUUACGAACUGCGUGAAAAAGGAACUCGGAUGCUUUUAACUUUGUCUAAAUGGAUCCAAAGUCAAACCGAGAACGAAAAUAUCUUAGAAGUAGAUUCACCUUUAAUGAAAUUGGUAUCCGCUCUACCUGAAAUCGGUCUUGUGGACAAUAACAUCUCUGAAAACGUGAUCCCGCUAGCUGACUCCGCUGUCGGCAAACUACUGCAGUUUGGAGUCAAUCAAUGUCCAGGACUUGCUAAAGCAUGGGCUAAUUUCGCAGCUUGGUGCUUCAGAUGGGGCAGGAAGAUGGUUGAGUUCAGUUCAAAGACGCGUGAACAAUUAACUGACAAUGAUAAAGUUCAGAUAGAGAGCGUCAUGAUUGGAUGCUCGCCACAGGACUUCGAAGCUGUAUGUGAAAUCUUAUCAAAAACGAAGGCCACAUGCGACGACGAAGAUAUUGAUUGGAAUGAGAUCAACACGUCGGAGAUGAUAGAGAGCCAACUUCGCACGGUGCCUUCCCUGAGCAACGCAUUCCCUGAACACCUUGCCUUGCUCGUUGAUAUAUGGCGCCAAGCUCAAAAACGAGUAUUUUCUUACUUUGAGCUGUCAGCAGACGCUUACUUCAAGUUCUUGCAGUUAAUAUGCGCCUCGGAUUACAUAAACCAUAGUGGCGAAAAUGCAGUCGUAAAUGCUACUUUGAGGCUUCUUCGUCUCAUAGUAAAGCAUGCUAUGGAACUUCAGACAGUCUUGGAAUCUGGAUUAGCGAACACACCAACGCAGCCAUGGAAAGUGAUUAUCCCACAGCUCUUUUCAAGAUUAAAUCAUCCCGAGACUUACGUGAGGAAAUGUGUUUCUGAUCUGCUAUGUCGACUCGCGGAGGAUACGCCUCAUCUUAUUACAUUUCCUGCUGUUGUUGGUGCCGUAGAAAACGAAACGAAAGAUCUGACCGAGCUUAGUGUAGCAAGAUCUUAUUUGUCGCAUGACGAAGAAAACAGUCAACCUGAUAGUGACUUAGACGAUACGGCUAGUGACAAAGUCGUUAAUAAUGAACUAAAUUCUUGUUUCUUAGACAUGGUGGAGACAUUAACGAAGCAAGCACCAAAGACAAUACUUCAAGUGAAAUUGUUAGUGAAGGAGUUACAGAGGAUUAAUCUUUUGUGGGACGAAUUGUGGCUUGGAACACUCUUGCAACAUCACUCCGAGUUCACUAAGAGGCUCUCACAACUAGAGACGGAAGUUGCUAGAGUUAAAGAUAAUGCUAAUUUAAGCGCUGAAGAUAAAGAAAAGCUGAUUAAGGAGAAACAUCGAAUUAUAUUUGAACCCGUUGUAUACGUAUUAGAACAACUAGAACGUAUCACGUCUGCAAAACCAGAAACUCCUCACGAGGCAAAUUUCCAAGCUAAAUUCCAUAAUUUAAUAACAGAAGUAAUCGAGAAACUGAAAAAUCCGACGAAUCCUGAAAAACCACAAGAGUCUUGGGCACCUUUGAAACAGUUACAGCUUAAGCUCCAACAAAAAGUGAAUAAGAGAACUUCUUACAUUUUGAGGAUGUCAGAUAUUAGCCCUGUGUUAGCUGAACUGAAAAAUACUGUUAUUACGAUGCCUGGAGUCCAUACUAACCAAAGGACUGUCAGAGUGACGAUAAAGUCAGUUGAAAACAAUGUGGCUAUCCUUCCAACUAAAACCAGGCCAAAGAAAUUGGUAUUCUGCGGCUCAGACGGUAGAGCGUACACAUAUUUAUUCAAAGGCUUAGAAGACUUACAUUUGGACGAAAGAAUAAUGCAGCUGCUCUCCAUUACAAAUACAAUGCUGGCUAGAGACUCCGAAAACAAUGAUAAUCAGACCUACAGAGCGCGGCACUACUCCGUGAUUCCUCUAGGACCCCGUUCAGGGUUGAUCAGCUGGGUGGAUAACGUAACGCCACUCUUCGCGCUUUACAAACGCUGGCAGAAUCGCGAAGCGGCUAUUCUGUCCGCUAAAACCAACAAAACUGUCAACGUGUUGCGCCCUUCAGAACUGUUCUACAAUAAAUUGAACCCUCUUUUGAAAGAAGCUGGUAUACCUACUGAGAAUAGGAAAGAAUGGCCGGUAUCUAUACUUAAACAAGUGCUCCAAGAGUUAGCAGCGGAGACUCCUAACGAUUUACUGUGGAGAGAGAUUUGGUGCAGCAGCGUGUCUCCCGAGCAGUGGUGGCAGAUGGUCCGUCGGUACAGUUACUCAGUGGCAGUGAUGAGUACAAUAGGCUAUAUAAUCGGCCUUGGUGAUAGACAUUUGGACAAUGUGAUGGUGGACUUGACAUCUGGUGAGGUGGUGCAUAUAGACUAUAACGUGUGCUUCGAGAAAGGGAAGACGCUGCGGGUUCCGGAGAAGGUGCCGUUCAGGAUGACCCCGAACUUGGUGACGGCGCUCGGCGUGACUGGUGUUGAGGGUAUCUUCCGCCUCGCCUGCGAGCACGUACUACGAACCAUGCGCCGUGGACGCGAGACCCUCCUAACCCUACUUGAAGCCUUCGUGUACGACCCCCUGGUAGAAUGGGGCGGCGCGAAGAAGCGCAGAGGAGAGAGGGAUCUGCGAGCAGCCGUCGCCAUGUUAGCUGUGCGCGCACAUGAACUGAAACAGCAGUUUGCUGAUAUCACGGAGCAGUUCCUGGCUGCGCUGCCAGACGUCCAAGCGAGCGCCGACCAGUGGCUCCAGGAAACCGAAGAACUCAAGUCCAUUGAGACCAGACUCCAUGACUGCCACCAGCAGAUGGCGCUGGUCAAAGAGAUAGAAGCGUACGGACCGAACCUAAGCAGCCAUCCUUUGUACGCUAUCUCGCAGAAAUACUCCUCCUACAAAAAGGCAAAGAACGCUGUCGAGGACUCUAUGAAAGCCCUCGUAAAGAUACUCAACGAUUUUGACACUCAAAUAGAAAGCUUCGCAGCGGCCAACGAAGCUAUCAAUGGUCCCAAAUUGGUUGCAUGGGUGCAAGAAUUUUCAGGCCCAAGUGAAGAUGAUGAGAAACCGAUAUUCGACCACAUCAAAGAGUUCCUCGCUAAUGCUGGACAGAGCUCUAUGAUCACCCAAUGCGAACAAGCGGAGAACGAACUCAAUCAGAGCAUGCAAGAGACUAUUGUCCUCGUCAGAUCCUGCUUAGAACUCCUUUCACAAUAUGUUGCGGUGUCUCAAUACUACCCGCAAACCCACACCGAGUACCAUCGCGUUGUGAUGUUCCGCAAAUGGCUGGCCGAAGCUUUAGAGAGCAAAUCACCUGAAGUGUGCCGUGAAGUCUCCAGCCAAGUUACGGCUCUAGUCAACGCUGACAACGCUAACAACACAGAACAGAUAGUUGCGUACAACUUCCAACUACAAACUAUUACUGCUGAAGCCAACGUUAAUUUAAACAAGGCAAUUGAAAGACUGCAAAUACACGGAGGUCCAGAUGCGGUGGCAAUAGCUCAAGAGGCAUACAUUGAAGCGAAGACGAAUAUUAGCUCCUGGGUGCGUUCUGAAGAGAGGGCUGGGGCAGCGUUGGAAAGCGUUGUCAUAGGAAUGCUAUGCAACUUGAACAGAAGAUAUCUUAUCUUAGAGAACAGCGCACAAAGCGCGGGCGACUGUUUAGUGGACUUGACGUCCAGAGAAGGAGAAUGGUUCUUAGACGACAUGAGUGCUUUAUCGAUGCAAGCUGUCGAACUGCUAUCCCUGCUACCUUUACAAUCAGCUUCGGCUGAAGACUCAGCCAUGCCUGUAGCAGUUGAAUGCGUUCGCAAUGCCAACCUGUUGUUAUCUGACCUGGUCCAGUUGAACUACAACUAUAGCACCAUAAUUCUGCCGGAAGCCAUGAAGAAGCUUCACCAGGAGGACCCGUCGACGCUGAUGAUGAUCAGUGAGCUGAAUGCGGUGAUCAUGAAUACUCCGAUGCCGUUGAACGAGCUGCUUACCCAGUUGGAGAUGAACUUCAGAUAUUUACUAAUGGAUAUGGAGUGCCCCGCAGGCGCCCAAGUGUUAGCCGCCGAGCUCCGCACCCGCUACGAAGCCCUACUGUCCGGGGAGUCCCCCGGCCGCAUGGUGCUCAUGGGCCUCAACGGGCUGUUCGCGGCGGUGGAGAUGCGCGCCCGGGAGCUGGCCGAGCCGCUGGCCGCGCCCGUGCCGCCCGCCUGGAGGAAGAUAGACCACGUCAGCGACGCCAUGCAUAUGUCGGCCGCCCUCCAAAGCCCGGCGCUCCGCUCCGUCCUCGAAGACUUGUUCCUCGUCCGUCGCGUCCAAGCCAUCGGUGAAGCCCUAGCCAUGUGUGCGCAGACGGCGGCCGCGUUCCGGGGCUCCGGGCCGCUAGCUGUCUACGAUGACACGGCGCUAUGUAAACCUGUCAAACGGUUCACCGCUGAAUACGUGUCCCGCUGCGUGCUAGGCGUGCACUCGAAGGCGCUGGCCUCAGUGAUAUGCUUGCUGCUGAGACGGCAGCGUCUGGACCUCGCAGCUGAGGUGGAACAGAAGGAAAUCGGUGCGUCAUGGAGCGUGUCCCUGGAGUCGCUGUGCGAGAAGGUGCUGGUCACGUCGGCGCUGACGGAGCGCGGCACGGCGCUGGCGGCGCGCGUGGCGGCGGCGCGCAGCGCGCAGGUCCGCGCGCACCACGCGCACGCGGCGCGCGCGCGGGCCUCCAGCGCGCAGCACGCCGCCCGCUCCAGGCUCGCCGCGCACCAGCAGCUACACGCUGAGGUGUUGGGUUCAAACCAAGAGGCCCCGGUGUUAGCCCGCCGCGCCAGAGACUUGGCGGCCGCCAUGGAAAGACUCUCAACCGCCGCCGCUAAGGCACAGGGAUUACUAACGGCCGCCCAUCAAAGAGUGAAAUGGGGUGCGGGCGCCAACCCCGCGCUGCAGUCCCCGCUGGCCGCGCUCGAGGCGGCGUGGGGCGCGCGGUCGCGGCGCGCGCGCCGGGCCGUGGCCGCGGCGCGCGCGCUGCAGCGCCACGCCCGGGCCGCCGCCGCCAUGCGCACCCGCCACGCCAAGACCGCCAAGACCGCCCGGCAGGCGCUGGCGCACUGGGAGAAGGCUUGCACGCUGUCGCAGAAGUACUCCCUGAAAGUAACUGACGCCCAACACGCACUCAUGGAAAUGCUUCAUCCUGAAGGCAACAUUGACCAACACUGGGUGGAGAGCGUGAACUCGCUCCUAGUAGACAUGAUCUCCUCCCUGACCCGAGACGCGGCCUCGCUCACACAGCGGAGCAAGGCCUCCGCGGAGCAACUGGCGUCAAAGGCCGCCAACCUCGCCGCCCCCGCCGCUGCUAGGAGUGCACUGGCACAGGACAUCAGGCCUCCGCUGCAGGCCCUACAACACGUCAACGAUGGAGUAAACCCAGCGAGCGAAAUCCUAGCUCGAGAGAAACGAAUCACGGAACUGUUGAAUAUCAUAAACGACACAAGUGCAGGACCCGCUGCGGUUACUGCUGCCGCGGCCGAACUGACCGUUCGACUGCCCGCUGUAUACACGGACUUGGCUGAGCUCGGAACGCGCUGGGCGGCGGAGACCGGAGCGCGGCGCCUAGUGCGGCAGAACGCCGUGGGCACGCGGGGAACCGGCGUCAAACAUGGAGGAGGGGAACGCAACGCCGUGGGUGCGGGGGUGUGGAAGCGCGUGCGGCUCAAGCUGGAGGCGCGCGACCCCGAGCCCGCCCGCGCCGGCCGCGUCCAGGACCAGGUGGACUACAUAAUAUCGGAAGCGACUAACGCAGAGAACUUGUGCCUAAUGUACGAAGGCUGGAUGGCGUGGGUCUGAGGGGUCCCCCUCCGGGGCCUCCCCCCCCACUCCCCCCCACACACCGACGGCCGCGCCUGCGCCCCGCGGCCCGCGCGCUGCCCGCCGGAGAUGAGUACCACAGUACUGGGACGUAACAAACAAAUGCCUUAAGCGUUUCUGACGCGCAGAGGUCGACUUUGCUCGGAGAUUGGCUCGCCAGCGAGCUGACCCCCCCUCUUGUGGGGGGGAAUUGUCUAUGUCUUUUUUCGUUCGGUUUAUUUUACAGGUUUUACUAAAGGUUUCGUCGGGCAAUGAUGAUAUCGCCCGGAUCCUACCCAUCAGGCGUUUUAUUCGGGAUUCGAACUCGAAAGUCGGGCGAUUUACUGAGCCUUCGUAACGGAACUGUCGGUAUUUUAGACUUAGGAAGGCCGAUCAACUUGAAAACGGUAUUCAAUGGAAAAUAAGCUUCAAAGCUAAUCAUUUAACAGGAAUGCCGCAAAAGCGGCUGUUGUCCGAACAACUAGGCGACAAUUAUUGACAGAAAUGUCACUUAAUCCGGUAGAUGUUUUAAAUUCGCGAUUAUUUUUAUGCUCUCUAACCAGCUUGGGUUAUGUCUGCGACAAUAUGCGUCUUUGUGGCGAUUAUACGCGUCAAUAGCACAAAGCUGUCAGGCCGAGAGCUAUAUUUAGAUUAGUUACAUGCUUAUAUAUGUCAUAUUACUGUAAGAAUCCGCAGACUUAUAACGUCAUGCUUCGAACGCUUUUGAAUAAAAUGAAAACUUCAUAGCUUUUUAAUAUUUAGUGCGACAAUUUGUUUUGAACUAUACCUCUAUAUAAAUAGGGUUGAUAACCCGUUGAUCUAUAUUUAUAAAAUAUUUCAAUAGAAAUGUAUGCAUAUUGCUUAACAAAUUUAUUCUCGUGGAAGCGCAAUAUUAGGGUUCAUAUAAAAAGAAAACUUUUGAAUAAAAUUUCAAAAUAAACUGUAUUGACAAGUCUGAAAAGAUGAAAAGUCCUCUCGAACAUACUUAGUUGUAUUUUACAUUUUGACAGUCUUGAAAAUAUGACUCAAGUAAAUUCUUAGUGACAUGCUCAGUAGUUCAUGUAACGUUUCAAUACAUUCAAAAGCGUUCUCAAGAACUCAUUUUCUGUAGUACUUUUAACCAUUUUCACUAGAUCCAAUGAAAUCUAUAAAAAAAAAACAACUGUUUAAAUUGGAUUUUUUGCCAAAUUUCGUGUAGCUUUGGUGCCUAAAACCAGGAGUGUGAAUGCGUAGUAGGUAGUCACUCUAAAAUAUUCUAAAACAUUAUACAUGACACCUACAUAUAUACUUACUUUGUUAUUUUUCAAGUUUUCAUGUAAACAAAAUGACAAAAUAACUGUCAUAAUUAUUAAUCCUCCCUAUUAAUCACAGUAACACAUCAAAAUCAUACUAAAUCAUUAAAAAUAUAUCUUGUUUGGCUUCAAAAUACGUAGACCUUUUUGUUCAUAAGUACCUCUUUUCUCAUCAUCUAAUUGGUAUAAGAAUAUCACUUUUCAUUUGAAUUUACAGAAAAUGAGUUCUAUAUUCAUCAUAUUACCCGCAUUAUUUGUAGUGUCAUGUGUGCCUGGGGAGAGACUGUGUAGUGUUAAUCUUCAUUCUUCAUAUGUAUUCUAAGGGUGGUUGGGCAGUGGAGCAUUUUGGGACAAAAAUAUAUAAUAAGAUUUGUGUUACAUGUACUAGACUAAAUUUUCAACAGAAAAUAUUGAUGUGACAAAAUUAUAUGUUACAGAAAAAUAAUUUGUCUGGAUAGAUAUAUUAUUGUUAUAUGUAAAAGGUGUUUUAGAUACAAGAGUUCUUAAUAAAUAAAUGUCGACAUUUUUAUAACAUACUGAAAUAAGUAAAUGUCAUGAACUCGAUGUUAAAUUAAGUGUAAAAUCAGCUAUAAACACGAAAUUUCUAGGAAAUUCUGUAGAAAAAUGGAAUCUUGCGCGAUGACCACAGCCAUAUGUCUCAGAUCACUCAAACGGCUGCGCUAGAUAGACCACAUUUCAAAGACUUAUAGCCAUAUUUUGUAACGUUUUGUUCAGCUGUAUUUGUAUUAUUUUUUUCCACUUGCGUGUCAGAAAUAUGAAAUCUUCUAUUAAGUCCGUAUCUUACCCAUUUUUAACUAACAUCAAAGAUUAAAGAUCUGUCAAAUUAUUCAUACAAAUACAAACCACCAUAGUCCAAUGUUCCCGUAACGCCGAAGACCGUGGCAAAUGGAGGCGCAUUGCGAGGGCUGCGUUAUCCACGACAGAUACGUCUCAUCACACAACCACCACCACUCUGUCAAGAGUGAACGACUGAGGAGGGAGGGGAUUCAUACAAAUACCGUUGCACAUAAGUAGGUAUCUCAUUUGACUCCAUAGUAAAAUAGCUCAGGGUGCAACGAUAACUUUAUACGCCUGUAGUCAACGGUAAAAAUAUGGGUGUACAAAUAAUUUCAAAAAUAUGUCCCAUAACUCUUAUGUCAGUGAAUUAAGAACUAUGGGACAUAUUUUUGAGUAAGUUGUCUACACCCAUAUUUUUACCGUUGACUGUACUAACAUUCUUAUAUUAUUCCUAUUGAAGCCCGCAAGAACAAAUCGUACCCUCGUGGAAGUUGGCUAAAUUAAGACGAAACAGGAGCUGAGUUUUAAAAUUUUAGGUAAAUAUACCCGUCUCGCUAACGGAAGUGGCUCCUAAAACUAGUGCGAUAAGGACAAGGCGAAAAAAUCUCAAAAAUCGAGGUUUCGUACUCGACUGUUUCCUCCUCCAAAACUUAACCAAACUUGGAAAUCUAAAUGAUUAUGAAAUUAUCUGUGUCGGACCGUUUUGCUUUUUGGCUAAUUGAUUAUCAGUUUUGAAUACUACGCCUCUCAUUGCGGCAUAGUCAAUGAGGCCAUUUUGGCCAUUUUUGAAGGGCUCUAGCGCCUUAAAAAACAAAAAUAUCAAAAAAGCAAAACGAAACAUUAUGAAACGUUGUGUAGUUUCAUUAUGUUAAAUAAUCGUGAAAGUUUAAAUCAGUGUAAAGCAAAACGGUCCGACACAGACAUUGACAAUAUUAAUCUGUGUUGAAAAAAUCAUUGCUCUAGCAUCAAAACCCACGGAGGAAACAGUCGAGUACGUUUGUAUGGAGAAAUGACCACUCCUGUUGGCUCUUAAGCCCAUUCGAUCUAGGUAUGUGGUUGUGGUAAAAGCAAAACCUCGUUUCUUUCAGUAUAACGAACCGUCAUAGUAAGAAUUAUUAUCGAUGUGAAUUUGUCAUAUAUAUAGUAAUGUAAAAUCCACAAUUAUUUCAAAUUAUUUUGUACAACUUCUGUAGACUUGGAAUGCCUCCACUGCUGUAUGGUUGUUUACUUCAAUAUUAAUAAAUGGUGUAUUGUCAAA